AUGCUGUCUGGAGGGGGAAAAGGAAAACAUGUUGGAGGAAAAGGAGGAUCCAAAGUUGGCGAACGCGGACAAAUGUCCCAUUCAGCGCGAGCUGGACUCCAAUUUCCAGUUGGACGUGUAAGGAGAUUUCUUAAGGCUAAAACUCAAAAUAAUAUGCGCGUCGGUGCGAAAAGUGCCGUAUACAGUGCUGCUGUCUUGGAAUACUUGACCGCUGAAGUUUUGGAAUUGGCUGGCAAUGCGGCCAAAGACUUAAAAGUCAAGCGUAUCACUCCUAGACACUUGCAAUUGGCCAUCCGUGGAGAUGAAGAAUUGGAUACCUUAAUUCGUGCUACUAUUGCUGGUGGUGGUGUUUUGCCGCACAUCAAUAAACAAUUGUUGAUCCGUACGAAGGAAAAGUACCCCGAAGAAGAAGAAGAAGUUAUCUAA